UAUAGCGUCCAUAACGAUUCCGCUAGUAAAUUUUAUCGCCGAGGAGUUUUAACAUCUGCCUUUGCCUUUUUAUUAACAAAUAUCAAACACGUGUUUUCGAUUGAUAAAAUAACUUCGUUAAAUAGAAUAUUUAAAGCACUCUGUAACCUUGUAAAUCAACUAAAAAUUGCUGUUUGGAUUUAUACUUGAUGUAUUUGCAGCAAAACGAUGGAGACUCGGACUAAUAUAGAAAAUUGUAAAGCGGAACCCAAAAGUUAAAAACAAAGCGCGCUUUCAAUACAACGUCAAUGUUAAAUUAAAAUAUGGAUAGUAAAGUUUUCGUCGCUUUAAUAUUUGGUAACAGAAAAAAUUUUGUCACAAAAUUUAUCUGUUGAGGAUCAGUGACCAUAAAUGAACAUUUUAUGCUGACUGUUUUUUAGACGCAAUUCGAUCUUGCGUUGUUAAUAUCGCAAAAUUAUUUGUUGACGUCGCUGAUUUUGCAAAAAAAUUGUAGACUUAAAAAUCCUGAAAAAUGGCACCAAGUUCAGCAAAAACUGUAGACUCAAUUGUCUCAAACGGAAAUGGAGUUAUGCAUAAAUUGAAUGGAAAUGCUAAUGGGAAGCAAAAUGGGUUUUCAAAGUCUAUUUGUCUUCCUGAUGAGAAAACUUGGGAAAAAGUGACCUUUAAAAAACUUUUGUUCUUUAACACUGUUGCUUCAUUUAUGAUAUGUUAUUAUUUAAAUUUUCCUUUUUAUAUUUUACCUGUCACAUUUUUGAUUACAUUUGUUCCUGUAUUUGCAUCAUUUCUUGGUGUUUGCAAUUUUCUCUAUCACUUGUUUCAAGAGAAAAAAGAGUCAAGCAAAGUAGAUCAUUAUGUGGAAUUUGUUGACGAAGCUGCUAAAGCCAAGCAUAGUGGAAAAUACAUUCCUAUUCGUGAUUUGUAUGAACUUUAUGCUGAUGGUAAAAUUAAUUUUAAACUUGAUCUACUUCAAUGUUUGGAACGUCGUCAUGAAUAUGUGGUCUACAAAUUACAAUGGUGGCAUUUAAAAUUUUUCUUAUGUAAAUUUGUGCCAGAGAUGCUGCAUUUUAAAGUGCAAGAUCAUGAUCAGGUUACAGAUCAUUAUGAUCGUGGCAAUGAUUUCUAUGAAGCGUUUCUUGGUCCUUUAAUGGUUUAUACAUCAGGUAUUCGCUGUAGGGAGGAUGAGACUCUUGAAGAAAUGCAAAUUAACAAAAUCAAAGAAGUUUGUAAAAGGAUCCUUAUGAAACCUGGGGAUAAGCAUCUUGAUAUUGGUUGUGGCUGGGGAACUUUUGUAAAUUUUGCUGCUGAACACUACGGAAGUAAAGGAACUGGAGUUUCAAUAUCAGAAAAUCAGAUUAAAUGGGCUCAAGAAAAAGCUGUCAAACACAAUACAUCCGCCAACACUGAAUUUCUAUGUAUGGAUUAUAGAGAUAUUCCACAUAGCAAGUAUGACAAAAUUACUUGCUUGGAAAUGUCAGAACAUGUUGGAAUUCGACUCUAUCCUAGAUUUUUGAAACAGGUUUACAAUUUACUGGAUGAUAAUGGUAUCUUCUAUUUACAGAUUGCUGGUUUAAGACGUGCCUGGAAAUGGGAAGAUAUCUUAUGGGGUUUCUUUAUGGAUACGUACAUAUUUCCAGGUGCUGAGGCAAGUCUACCACUCAUUUUUCCUGUUGGUCAGCUUGAAUCAGCUGGGUUUGAGGUUCACUCAGUUGAAACAAUUGGUGUUCAUUAUUCUGAAACAAUUAGAGAAUGGUAUCGAAAUUGGAUCCAACCUGAAACUCGUAAAAAUAUGUCUCUAAAAUAUGGUUCAAGGCUGUGCCGUAUUUGGGAGAUCUUUCUUGCUUGGAGUACUAUAAUUGCUAGACAAGGUAAUUCAACAUGCUAUAUGAUUGUUGCUCAUAAAAAUCGCAAUGAUUAUGACAGAUUAAAGUUUUCUGCUGACCGUAAAGAAAUAAUUUGAGAUUAUAUUAAUCAUUGUUACUGUUGAACUUUAGGCUUAUUUUUUAAGAAACAUUUCCUUAUUUAUUAUAUAUAUAUAUAUAGAUAUAUAUAUAUAUAUAUAUAUAUAUAUAUAUAUAUAUAUAUAUAUAUAUAUAUAUAUAUAUAUAUAUAUAUAUAUAUAUAUGUAACUUUUUUUAAAUAGGUUUGUUUCAAGCUAAAUCUAAUAAUAUUAGUAUUUUUUGCUAGUUUCUAGUGUUUUUAUAAUUUCCUUCUUAUGGACUUUAAACAUUAUGUUCGGUUCAUAUAAGCACUUUAACAUAAUGGCACUUUUCAAUGCUAAUUUCCUGGUAUCAUAUUAAAAUUGAAUUAAGCUAACUAGAUGUUAGUGAUGUUAUUUGUUAAUGAUAACAUAGGAAAUUGUCACUUUAAUGUGUCAUGUUUUUUACUAUGUAAAUAUGUUGUUUUAAAAUCAGUUUUGCUGGCGAAAUUGAUUUAGCUCCAUAUUUAACAGUAAAAAAAAAAAAUGUGCGAAAGUUUAUACUACUGGUUUGUAAAAAGAUUUUUUAAUCUUUAUGCAGUAUGAAAAAAAUUUUUUUCUUUGGGCUUUAUUUAUUUGUAAGGUAUUAUGUCUACAUAUAUUUUUUUGUAUAGAGUUACGAUAACUAAUGUUUUUGAUAUACAGUAAUGAUAACUUAUGUAGUUGUUCCAAAUUUGUUAUUAUGUUUAUUUAGCUUUGCUGGUUGUAUCUAUCAAAUACAUAUUUACGAUUUUCA